UUGCUCGGGGCCGCCACGGUGCUGGCGAUCCAGGCGACGGUGUGGUGUGUGGCUGUCUGGUCUCGGUCCGCGUGCUCGUGUGGGGCUUCCCGUCACGCUGAAGACGAAGCAGGACUAUGAGAGGCGGCUGGCGCGGUUCGACGCCUUCUGCAUGACUCACGGUCUCGAUGUGGAGAGCGACGCAGACUUGGAGAAGGCCCUGGUCGAGUACAUGGACAUGCUGUUCGCGCGCGAGGAACCGUCGAACAGCAUGGCCAAGCUGCUGGCAGCCAUAGGGCAUCGGGAUCCUCGGCUACACCAUGCGGGGCGCUUGCUGAAGCUGCCACGCGUGGCGCGGGCGCUGCAAGGCUGACGGCGGCUGAUGCCGCCGGUGACGCGGGCGCCGGCGCCGUGGGCGGCCGUGGCGGCGAUCGCCCUGACGCUAACCGAUCCCUAUCCCCGCUGGCGUGGCCAGCGCCCUGCAGGAGGAAAAAUAAAUAUAAAAGCACAGACAUGUAAGCUCUUGCAUAAUACCUGUGGUGCACACGGGGUCUGCGCCGCAGCACCAACUUUCUUCUGCAACACCCAAGUAACGCUCAACAACAAGGUCAUGAAGGCGGGACAAUAAGCCCAAACACCUGAGACUUCGGUCAUAGUGCACGUGGAAGGAUAAUCGCUGGACGCUAAGACUUGUCCCACGAGGCUUUGAUUAAGUAUGGACGUACCCGAUGCACAUUUUUGAUGUGUACCCAGCCCAUGGCGUUGUCCCCCAUGCAACGAUAGAGCCUGUGCAAUUCUCACUACGAAACGAAUUGAAAGUUGCUCGGUCGCCGAGGCAGGUCACAUCAAAACUAUCCCCCAUGUGCUCGCCAGUGACAUCUGUGAAGACAUAGCAGUCCAGCGAGUCUGUGGCCUUCUUGAAAUAACGAAUGUUUGAAGGGCUGCCAGAGCAUUCUGAAUCCGGGUAAAUCUCCGCGUUAUACACAGUCCCCGAAGGCGCCACGAAAGCGCAUAAGAUGGUGACGGAUGAGAGAACAGUCGCCGACGACAUCGCAACCAUGUCACCGUGUUGGAUUCAAAGUGGGCUGUCAGUUGUCACACUUGGAUCCCCCGCGUGAUUAUGGCUUGAGCCAAAAUGGCUACGGAACUCUCUCGGACUGUUGUGGAGCUCUCUUGUGCUGCUCGACGCUCUCUU